GCGAAAAAGACUCAUCGUUAGGUAAGUGUAGUUACUGGUAGAUGUGUCCAUAAAUGUAAUCAAAACUUGGUUCAACUUGAUUCUCGUACAACGCCGUUGUAUAAAAGAGGGCCAAAGUAAUUGAAUCACUGGUAGAACAACCCCAGUCAAAAACAAACAAAGAAAAGAUGGAAGAACUAAUGAAGAUAUUUGCAAGUGUCAAGGUCGAAGAUUUAUCCCUCGAUUUCAGACCCUUUUUAGUGGUCUACAAAGAUGGGAGGUUAGAGAGGUUUAUUGGCAACCAACGUGUGCCACCGUCUACGGAUGCGGUCACGGGGGUGGAGUCUCAAGAUGUGGUGGUGUGCCCUGAAGAAGAAGGCGGAGUCUGGGUGCGGAUAUACAAACCCAAAGGAGGUGGCGGAGAUGGCGGGAAGUUGCCGUUGCUGGUGUACUUUCACGGUGGUGGUUUUUGUGUUGAGACGGCUGCAUCACCUUAUUACCACAGUCAUCUUAAUGCCUUAUGUUGUAAAGCUAAUGUGAUAAUUGUGUCUGUGGAUUAUAGAUUGGCGCCGGAACACCCUCUUCCCGCCGCCUACGACGACUCAUGGGCGGCGAUGAGGUGGGUUGGAAUUGAGAAUGAUCAUCCUUGGAUCAAGGAUUAUGCUGAUCUGUCUAGGGUGUUUGUGGCUGGAGAUAGUGCAGGUGCUAACAUUGCUCAUAACAUGGCUAAACGCCUAGGAAUACAGAAUCAAAUUGAAAACGAGAAAUUGAAAUUGAAAUUGAAAGGGAUGAUCUUGAUUCACCCGUUUUUCUGGGGAAAGGAUAGAAUUGGAUCAGAGGUUGAGAAAAUUGCGAAAUCUCCAGGUGGGUCAUCGGUAGAAAAGCUGUGGGAAUUCGUCUGCCCGGGAACAAGCGGGUCGGAUGAUCCACUGAUAAAUCCGGCAAUGGAUCCCGAACUGGCGGAGUUGGCGGCGGAGAAGGUGAUGGUUUGUGUGGCUGAGCAGGAUACACUGAGGGAUAGGGGUGUACAUUACAAGGAGGCAGUGGUUAAGAGUGGAUGCAAAGCAAAUAUAGAAUUGGUGGAGACAUUUGGGGAGACCCAUGUUUUCCAUUUGCUUAACCCGGGUUCUCCGAAUGCUGGACCCUUCAUGGAUCAGGUUGCUGCCUUCCUCAACUCUUGUUAGUUUCAUUUUAGUACUGAGUUAAGUAAACUGAGUUUCCUGUUUUUCAGACUCAGAUAAUAAUAAUUGACAGUGUGAUACUGUUGUUGUAUUGUGUUUUUUUUCACUUAUCCAAUUGUAUUGGCAGAUUUUAUGAUUGUUGGUUUAUUAGGAUUGUAACUCUAAAAAAUCCUUAAAGUUGUAAGGUUGGAUUGGAUUGCAUCCAAAUCAAAUGUUACAGUGCUGUCAGUUCGUGUUUCAA